AGUGGGGGAGUGCGAACUGAGGGUAGUGAGGUAGGAGAGAGGAUGGUAAAUUAAAAACGCGAUCAUCGAUGAAUUAAGUGUGUGUGAGAUGGAGCAGCAAAACCAUUUCAAGCAGCUGUUGCUGCAGCUCAACCAGCAGCGAGCCAAAGGGUACCUGUGUGAUGUCAUCAUCGUGGUGGAGAAUGCGCUGUUCCGCGCCCAUAAGAACGUCCUGGCGGCCAGCAGCGUCUACUUCAAGUCGCUGGUCCCCCACGAUAACCUGAUCAACCUGGACACGGAGAUGGUCAGCCCCUCCGUCUUCAGACAGGUAUUGGACUUCAUCUAUACAGGUCGUCUGUCCAGUUCUGACUCUGUCAGUGACCACAGUGUCUCGUCCCUCCUGACCGCCGCCUCCUACCUCCAGCUGACCGAACUAGCUGCUCUCUGCCGGAGGAAGCUCAAACACAACGGACAGACCCCCUCCAGCUCCAACAAGUUGACCACCUCCCCAACCCCCAAUGGACACACCCCUGGCCCACUCCGCCUCUCCUCCACCCCCCUCAGAGCAACUCCCAGCCACCAUAACAACCAUUCAGGGUCCAGGAAGGGCAACCUGAGGAGCCAGAGAUGGGGCCAGGAGGGGAGGCUGAGAGAGGAUCUCUCCGAGGAGGAGGUGUUUAUUUCGGGCUCGCGGUGUGCUUCCCUCAGCCCCUCUGGAGGAAGUAGGGUUAAUGGGCUGGCUCUAGGACUGGACCUGUCCAAGAGGAGUCCAUCAGGAAGCACCGCCACAGAGGAAGUGUCCCCCAGCAGUCUUCCCCAAAGCUCCUCCCCCCACUCCUCAUCUGUUUCUCCCACUCCUCCCACCACGGCAGAGCCUAGGGAGAACCAGAGGCAGCUUCCAAAUACCUCCACAGACCUCUUGCCUAGGGCCCCUUGCAAGAGACCCCGACCCCACAGAGAGGCCACCAACCUGGGAGAGACGGGCAAGGCACUGCACAAGGGCCUAGUGAAGAAACCAGGGGCCCCAGGGCACGAAAAGCUGGUCAGAGGGGAUAGAGUGACCCCAGAGCUGGAGGAUGGGGAGGUGGAUGGAGAGGAGAAUGGCCAGGACCAGAGUGAAGAGAGUGGGCACAGUGGGAGUGAGGGAGGAGGAGGAGGAGCUGGAGGUAAGAGAAAUGGGAACACCAACUAUAUCUACCGUCAGCCCCAGCCAGGGUUUGAGCCAGGCGUGGGGGACAAUCUGUACGUCUGCAUCCCCUGUGGGAAAGGCUUCCCCAGCUCCGAGCAGCUUAACGCCCACGUCGACACACACACCCAGGAUGAAAUCUACCUCGAAGAAGAGGAGGAAGAAGAGGAGGGUGGUGGAUACCGGAAGGACGAAGACCCUGACAUCUAUGCAUCACGGGGGGUGGAGCCUGGCGCUGACGAACCUCGGCAUCGUUGCACAGUCUGCAGUAAGACCUGCAAGGACGCGGUGUCGCUACGGGAACACGAGAAGAGCCAUUGGCUGAACCGGCCGUUCCCCUGUAACAUCUGUGGCAAGUUGUUCACCCAGCGAGGCACCAUGACCCGCCACAUGAGGAGUCACCUGGGCCUCAAGCCCUUCGCCUGCGAGGAGUGCGGCAUGCGCUUCACACGCCAGUACCGUCUCGCCGAGCACAUGCGGGUCCACUCGGGGGAGAAGCCCUACGAGUGCCAGCUGUGUGGCGGAAAGUUCACCCAGCAACGCAACCUCCUCAGCCAUCUAAAGAUGCACACCUCGCCCUCAUAGAGGACACUUCACCAUGGUUACUGCAGCUGGAACACAGCUAUCUGGGCUCUAUUAGUCUGUCUGCCUCAUCUUCAGAUGCUAUCUGGUGUUGCUGUUACCCAUAGUACCUCCUCACCCUUGUAAACACACCUGGGUUCUACCUCAACUUUAGAAACUCACCUUGAAAUGAAUGACCCCACCUUUAUAACCACUCCUCCUGAGUAACUCUGCUCCUUUAAUUGAUCUCAACCUCAUAACAACCUUCACCCAUACCUCAAAUCAACCAUCACCCAUACCUCAACCUCAUAACAACCUUCACCCAUACCUCAAAUCAACCAUCACCCAUACCUCAACCUCAUAACAACCAUCACCCAUACCUCAAAUCAACCAUCACCCAUACCUCAACCUCAUAACAAUCUUCACCCAUACCUCAACCUCAUAACCAUCACUCAUACCUCAACCUCAUAACAACCAUCACCCAUACCUCAACCUCAUAACAACCAUCACCCAUACCUCAACCUCAUAUCAACCAUCACCCGUACCUCAACAACUGAACAACCAUCACCCAUAGCCUCACCCAUGACAACUGUUCCUCUGACUUGCCUCAACCCCAUUUUACUAAUACCAACCAUUACGUCAUUGUCAGAACCCCAUCUUACUAAUACCAACCAUUACAUCACCCUCUGAACCCCAACUUACUAAUACCAACCAUUACAUCACCCUCAGAACCCCAUCUUACUAAUACCAACCAUUACAUCACCCUCAGAACCCCAUCUUACUAAUACCAACCAUUACUUCACCCUCAGAACCCCAUCUUACUAAUACCAACCAUUACAUCACCCUCAGAACCCCAUUUUACUAAUACCAACCAUUACUUCACCCUCAGAACCCCAUUUUACUAAUACCAACCAUUACAUCACCCUCAGAACCCCAUCUUACUAAUACCAACCAUUACGUCACCCUCAGAACCCCAUCUUACUAAUACCAACCAUUACGUCACCCUCAGAACCCCAUCUUACUAAUACCAACCAUUACGUCACCCUCAGAACCCCAUCUUACUAAUACCAACCAUUACAUCACCCUCAGAACCCCAUUUUACUAAUACCAACCAUUACAUCACCCUCAGAACCCCAUUUUACUAAUACCAACCAUUACAUCACCCUCAGAACCCCAUUUUACUAAUACCAACCAUUACGUCACCCUCAGAACCCCAUCUUACUAAUACCAACCAUUACGUCACCCUCAGAACCCCAUCUUACUAAUACCAACCAUUACAUCACCCUCAGAACCCCAUCAUAAAAUCCACAUAGCCAGCCAGCCAGCCAGAUGUACUGGCCAUCUCAGGGUUAACACACCACACCUCGCCAUCUGCCAAAGACUCCUUCCCAUCCCAGGUGGCUCAAAUGUGUUUUGAUGAUAGCUUUUAAGCAUCCAACCAAACUAGUCCUCAGUUCUGUGCCUCCAGGCUGCUGUAGCUGUCUCUCGCUGGUCAAUGUGUGACCUCAAUGCCUCUACUACCUCAUUAUAAGACACAUACUGGACCCCAGGCAUGACUGGCUAACAGUCAGUAGUAAUACUAUGUUCUCCAGCUAGAUGGAACAGGUUAGUCCGCCUACCCUCUGUGUAUAUAAUAAUACAUUUUCACCUCCACAUACACAGCCUGUUUGAAACUUGCCGUUAUUAGAAAUUGAUCAGGGGUAUUCUUAACGCAAUGAUGUUUACUUUACUGUUGGUUUACAGGUCAGGGUUUGUAUUUUAUGUGAAGUCUUGAAAAAGCCAAACUUGGGGGGGUUAAAUGUUUUGAGAACUUAUUGCUACGCUUUUGUGAAUGUUUAAACUGGGUAUUUCUACUUUGGGCCUGGGAGGGGUGGGGAUAUUUUCUGUGAGGCAUCAUACUCUGGUGGUACUGUUGUGUUUUGUGUGUAGCGUUUUUUUUCUUUAAAGGGCUGGUCUACUGAGACAGGUGGCCAGUAUCCCUGUAUUAAGUUUGCUUUUGGUUUUCAACAAGUUCCUCCUAUCUCUUAAAGAGAUUCUCCGGUACUUUUGUAUACUUUUUUAGCUAGUAGUUCUAAAAGUCAUGCUCACCAGCCAAAAGUGGUCGCUGAAAAAUGCUUACUACGUCACUGUAUGUGCAGAUAUGUUCACCACGUCAUUGCUCUCUUGCUCUGCUGUGUGUGCAUCUUGCUAGCUGUCACUCAAAUGGCGAGGGACUGAAGCUCAUUGGCUAGAACUCGAAUUGCAAGCGGGCUGGCCCACAUGGGAGAAAAUGUAGUGAAAAUGGCACAGCACAGUUUCCAGAAAAACAGUCACUUUCAAACUAGGGAUUUCAUGGCAAAUUGAGGUAAAAUAGUAUUUCUGCUCAUAGAUUAUGCAUGUAUGAACUACAUAUUGACACAUCCAGCCCAAAGCUGGAGCUUUAAAAAACACUUAGCCAAAGUUCCAGAGCAUGUCUUUAAUGCUGUGAGGAGAGCAUAGCUUUCUGGACAGUGUAUUACUAGUGUAUAAGAGCUGAAAGAGCUGAAACUGCUACGAGAUUGUAUAUUGAAAUCCAAAGAGAACGAAUACAAAACCAACAAACUUAACAACCAAAGUCUUUCAGUGUCAAAGUGAAGUUGUACCCAUGUUAUUAUGUCUACGGUAUAGUCCACUCCUAGUUCCACACAAACAGCCAUGUGGUUGGAAUUACCAAUGUUGAUUGGACCAACCUCCACUUUAUGGUCUUACAUUAUCUUUACUCUGUCCUCAGGAGGACUACAUUACAUGUCAUUUCAGACCAAAAAUCUAAGACUGUUGUAUGACUCUGUUUUGGACUAGUAUUUAAAUCCUCUUUCCUCCAUGUUUAUCGCUCAAUUGUUGAAAGAAAGUCAUUUUUUACACCAGAAACAUGUAUAUUACUCCUCAACUCAGGAACCAUUGCUGUCAGGGUCUGGCAUCUAUACAGUCCAUAUCAACACUCUCUCUGGUUGUUUUGGUUGAGGCAUUUAGAAUGUAAUAUGUCGACAAGUCAAAUGAAAGAGAGCCGAGAGAAACAUGUUUGAGCUGCGUCAGGGAUACUUCUGACUCAUAUUUUCAGGGACUGUUCGUUGUGUUGUCAAACAGUCUGCACUGUCAAAUGUCUGUGCGGAAAGCAUAAACACUAGCUUCCUACACAAGAGAUUUUUUUACAGGGAGAGGGUGGUGAUUAUCUUCUUUUCAAAUAACUGCGUGAUGAAAUAUCAAUUUGACUAUUUUAGCUCUUGAAUGUUAUAUCGGCAUGCAUUUGGUCAACAAACCCUUUAUCUAGUAAGAUUGUUCUAUUUGUCUGUUGCUGUCCCUCUGUUUAGGAAGUUGUUGCAGAAAGUUAGUGUUGAUGUCUAUUGAUUGUUCACGAAUGUAUUUAUUAGUUGGAUCCUGUUUUAAGCCUCUCUAUGAUAACUCAGUGGAUGAUAGUCAUGGGCUUUGCUACUUUGUUCCUGCUCACCCAGAAAAAAAUAUGUUAAGUAGCUGCACCGUCAGCGUCUCUGCUGCUGAACGCGGGCGGAUUGACUAGCUAGGAAACGAGCGGUGUUGCGCUAGCUUAGUUCAUUCAAUUCAUCAGUUCUUGAUCUGUCCUCGGCUGCUAAUGAUGUGAUAAUAGCCUCCUAGUCAGUUCACCAAUGAUGACAAGGCAUAUUGAAUUAAUGGUAGACCUGAACUGAGAAGGAAGAUUGAUUAAUUAAGUCAAGGAUGGAGAUCUGAAACAAGCUUGUAUAGGGGCGGCAGGUAGCCUGGUGGUUUGAGCGUUGGGCCAGUAACCGAAAGGUUGCUGGAUCGAAUCCCCGAGCUGACGAGGUAAAAAUCAGUCAUUCGGCCCUUGAACAAGGCAGUUAACCCACAGUUAACCCACCUGAACAAGACAGUUAACCCACUGUUCAUUGUAAAUAAGAAUUUGUUCUUAACUGACUUGCCUUGUUAAAUAAAGGUUACAUUUAAAAAAUAUAUAGGCCAUGUUCAGGUGUUCCAUGAUUAUUCCAUUUACAGUAGACUAGGUCUACUACAUUGCAUCUAGUAAUUGAACUAGGCCUAUUCAGAAUUUGUCGCCCCCCCCCCCCCCCCCAAACAAAAAACCUAGGACACCAACUUACAUUUUCACUAUACUAUCCAUAUAAUGACAGCUAAUAGAAUAAUCAUUACCCCUAAAUUGAACCUAUUAGAAAUGUUACAAAGUAAUUGAGAACCACUCAAAAUUCAGUCAAGUUCAACUACUGUGUUGGCUACAUUGUAUUGAUAUAAUUUAAUUCUCUUAAGUUUCAGAAAAUUGCAGUUUUUCAAAAAAGCUAAACGCUCCAACUUUCAGAUGGGGUCACCUCCCCCUUACCUGACCUUAGGCCUACAUUAACACCUCCUUGUCAGAAAAUUCUAGGAGAUCCCUGGUUUGUAAAUUAAACUUCUUAGCCAAAACCAAGCACCGAUUAGUCUAUAGCCUACCAUUCUUACUGAGGCAGUCUUCUGCCAACGUCAUAAUCAGGCAACAAAAAAAAAGGUACGUUUGUCUCGGAUCUGAGCGUGGUGUCGCACACGAGCCGUCGUGGGGUCCAGGGGCGUCGCUGUCUCGCUGAAGUGUAACUCGUGAAGAUUCUUCAAGGUCGGCAGGUCUGGGCUAAGUUAACCCCAAACAACUUGAUGACUACAUUGUGAGAGUGCCAUAGUAUGAUAUCUUUGGUGAAAUGUCCCUUUUAAAACAUGAAAUAGCCAUAAACCACGUCAAGCUCCGAGCCCAAGACACUGGAGACGGGGGGGAAUUUAAUGUACUGCUCCUGAGGCGUUUGAUGUGUUUUAUACCACUUUUAUCCCAAAGUAAGAAGAAUACAAAGAUGACAUGUUAUUACUGUGCUGUAUUGUUUCCUGUGCUUUUUUUUUGAGAAUGUGAUUUGUGUUUUAUUGUCAUGUCAUCUGUUUUAUAUGCUAGUUUAUCCAUUGGAAUGGGAACCCCAACUCGUGGUAGACACUAUGUAUUGUAUCCUACAGAAAGCAUUGUUUUUUUUCCCAAAGCAACUUCUGUUGAAGGCUGGUAUUGUUACUAGUACAGAGAUGCUUCUUGUUUAAUCUCUACCAGAAAACCAAAGGUGUCUAUGGCAGCUUUAAAAUGUACGUAGUAGUCACACACGCCACUACAAAUCCAAACCAAGCCACGAAUGAAUCCACCCAAAAGCAAUGUAAUUCCUAAGACUACUGGGCUAAAACCAUGUCAAAGCUGCAUCUAUGUAUUCAUUUACUUAUGUCUGUUUUUGUAGAACAAGUUUCUCUGUUCUACAAAAUAUUUGCUCAAUUAUAUGUUCUGUCUUAAUUGAACAUGCUUGCAGACAACUCCAAAGUUGUUUUAAUUCCUCAGUUUGUGUUCAGGAGUUUCUUUUAUCCGUGUGGCUCACACACAGCACCGUCACAUGAUUCAGAAUCCACUGGUCAACCUACAGUCUUAAUGUACAGAUAUGGGAAUGUAAUCUAAUAACAAUAUUUUAAUUAAACUUGAUUAGAAAGAA